AUCAUCGUCAACAUGGCUGACGCAGACAACAUCAGCGCGGUUCGCCCUCGUUCCUACCAAAACGAAAGCUAUCUGCACGGGUUUCUUGGAACUGUGGGUGACUUACAGAAGGAUGGGGUACUGCAGGAUGUCGUCCUUGAAGUCGAGGGCCGGCGGUUUCCCUGCCAUCGGCUUGUUCUGUCCGCGGCCAGCCCCUACUUCAGGGCCAUGUUUACAAGUGACAUGGCGGAAAGUCGGCAAAAGACAGUUGUUUUACAGUGUUUGGAUGCAAGCAUUUUCGGGGAGAUCCUGAGGUACAUCUACUCAGGAACCCUACAUGUGUCUAUGGACAAAGUGCAGUCCCUUUACCAGGCAGCUGACCUCCUCCAACUGGGCUAUGUGAGAGACACCUGCAGCAGCUACAUGGCCAUGAACGUGGAGCGCUCCCACUAUAUGGACUUGUACAAGUUUGCUGAUGUCUUCUCCGUGAACGUUGUUCGUAAAGCUUGUCUGCAGAUGAUCCGUAGAAACUUUGUUGAGGUUGCCUCCAGCGAGGAGUUCUGCAGCCUGAGUAUAAACCAAUUGACUGAGAUCAUCAGCCACGAUGAGCUGGAUGUUAAAGAGGAGAUAACAGUGUGGGUGGCUGUGGUGAGAUGGGUGCAGUACAGCAGGGAGGACAGACUGCACCAUCUCCCCAGCAUCCUCCCUCACAUCCGCUUUAACCUGCUGACCUCAGACAACACGGCAGCCAUCUUAGGACACCCUCUGGUCAAAGAGGAUCCUGGGAGUUCUGAGGUCAUCAGGCAUGUUAUACAGAAAUGGAAGCCCAACCUGAAGCCGAGGCUUGGGAUGACAACAGAAAUGGUUAUGCUGUCCAAUACUGAUUCGAAAGAGCUCCUUUUCAUGAACCCUCUGGAAGGGAGGUACAUCAGCUGCAGUUACAAACCAGAGGACUUCCCUUGCAUCACAGACGUGACAGUCACCAGAGAUAACAACAUCUACAUCCUGACUCGUAAAGAAACGAGUAACGGUGAGUUGUCCGUGCUGAAGUACAACCAUGCGGGGAAUGUGUGGGAACAUGCUGGUAUGUCCUCAGUAUCUAAGUCGCUGAGACUGGACAACGAUUCUACAUGGUACGAUGAGCACCUUGUUGAAGUUGAUGGGAUUUUGUACUAUCUUGCUGCCGAUGUAGAGGAUGACAGUGGAUUGGUGUGGAUGAGAAAGUACAACUGGCUCACAGACCAGUGGCAGGAGUGUGCACAGCUGCAACUUGACAAUACUGAAUACGACUACAGUGAAGCAUUGGCAUGCAGUUCACACCUCUAUUUCCUGACAAGCUUGGAACUGCAUCGCUACGACCCGAGCCAGGACCGUUGGUGCAAGCGGAGCCCAGCAUCAGAGCCCGAUCUUGACAUCUAUUCAGCCGUUACCAUGGGAACAGAUGUGUUCUGCGCGGAUUGUGACUUCAGACAGACCAUGAUGUACGACACAGAGUCAGACCGUUGGCAGAAGCUGCAAGGCUGGCCGAACAAAGGAAACCGUAAAGUGAAUAAUUCUCCCUGUCUUUUCGUAAUGGACAACCAGCUCCACAUAUGGUUAAGCUGUCUCAAUGACGACGAUAUUAACGACGAACAUCUCGUAUAUGUGUACGACAGGUCUGCUGAUGCCUGGAGAGACUUGAAGGCUACUCUGCCAAAUAAGACAUAUUUUUCGCCUGCCCUUAUGUACCCUGUGGCACGUAUGUACCUACCAUACCUUAAGGGGGCACAAAAACACAUCACUUCUUACGCCUGUCAGCGUUAAUGUGUGGACUAAGCACACAUACAGUACAGAGCAAUGCAGUCUUUUUCAAGCUAUUCAUUCAGUUCUCAGCUUUUGAAGAAUGCCUACACAAUGGGAUAGACAUUUUACCUGAUUUUAUACUUAGGAAAAUUUUGUCAUAGAAAUAAUUACUUCUUUCUAAUCGAUAUAGGACACUUUUAUAAUUAACUGGGUUAAUGUUAUGGACAGUUAAUGUAAUUUUCUAGCAUUUUUUAGCAUUAGAUAUUUACUGAUAGAUACACAGAGUAACCCUUUUGUCAAGUGCUAUUCUGUUUGAAAGACUAUUGUACUUUGUAGUUCUUACUUUUAUAAUUUGCGUCAUAUGAAUUUUAUAUCAACCUUUUGUAUCUAAUUUAGUACCUUUCCAUUCCCUUCCAUUUGCCAUGACAAACUAACAAUCCUAUUUGUAUUGCAAACAUUUAUUCAUGUUUUUUAUUCCAAUGUGGCUAAUUUGUCACUGGUUACGUUUUAAUGCAAAGGGUUACAGCAUUUUUUAUUGAUUAUAUAACUUAACUUUGCACUUUAUAAUUAAGGUCCAUACCCAUGUGCGAUACCCAGUAUUGCAAUAAAUAAAAUCAAAUUUUU